AUGCCGCUUGAUCCCCUCUCCCACAACUCAUCGCCCUUCAUGAUCUCCGCUGUUCCCCCUCCUCGCCCCGUUUCAGUCAAUUCCUUGGCAAGAACCCCAGCGCCAUCCGCAGUUCCCUAUCAGAAAACGAGCCGCAGCACGAGUACUGGGAUUGAAUUACCCGAUGGCCACAAUCCCCCUUCAAUGAUCCCCGCCAAGGUGGAAGACGAUACUUCGGUGGAUAUGGAGAUGGAAGACGCCCCUACGCCACCGAACGAGCUCAUGUCUUCGUGUCGCUCCAAUAUACGCUUCCAAGAUCUCCCACCAGAGAUCCACGAUGCAAUCAUCGACCAUCUAUUCGGGGAACGUGCAUCGACAUUUACGACAUCAGCUCCAGGGAAAUUGUCGGCAUGUAGCUGGUCCAAGGCCUUCCGCCAUCCGCGCCGGAAGGCUCUCUCCAAUCUGGCUCUGAUCUCACCGGUCUGGAGGCCACUGGUGCAGAGUCGUAUUUACAGACAUAUCAAAGUAAAGGGCACUAUCGAAGGCCUGCGAGAAUGCAGCGAGUGGUUUUGUGCCAAUCCCCAUUUAGCCCCCUAUGUCCGUCAUAUUGAAUUCUGGGUGCCUGUUUGGGGAAAUCGUACGGGUAAAAACGGAACUCCUCAUCUACCUCCGAUACGGCGCUACAACUACAAUGAGGAUGCGGGGUUGGCGAAUGCGGCGGCUGUACUCCAAGUGACAAUGGCAUGGGACGAUUCUGAUACCAAUUCCGCCUCCAGCAGUAGCCAUUCAUACUCCAGCUACAAUGCCUCCUUGGAGGAUCUUUUCAGCCAUGUGAAGACGUUCUUUUCCGAAGCACGCAUCCUUACAAUCGAAGGCGGUCAUUGCAAGAAGCCUCCUAUGAUACGACAUUUUCGGAACGAUCCAUCUGGUCGGUCUGGACGGGAGCGUCUAGAACUGCUGCCAAACAUUCAGACAUUCGUCAUGCGCGGGGCCUGGAAUAUCAUGCGGAAUUACCAGCACUGGUGCAAUAUCUCCCAAGCCCUACCGAAUCUGCGUGAAUGGCACUGUGCCUACGCGAAGCCCAAGAUUGAAGGCUAUAAUACGAUGUCGAGAAUCCUUUCGAGGCUGUCGACGUCGCUCCUGCAUCUAAAUAUCAGUCUGGAAGGGUUCUACAACAAGGAUAACACUCAAUCUAGUUGGUUUGGUGACAUGUCAACCGAACCACAUCUGUGUACUCUGCUUGGACAAGUUGCUCCCCGACUAGAAUCGCUGGCAUUCACUGGGAAAGUCUGUGCUUGUCUGUUUACCGAUGCUCUGGCCUGCGCGUCGGGCAUGACUUCGGUGCCCAGACUCAAGUCAUUGGAUCUAGUGGUGAAAACCUGCUGCCGCGAGAAGCCGGCUGAUGCAACUGUACCACUCUUCGAUGACGCCUCGGGCAUUACAAACCUGAACUUCAUCAGGUCCUUUGAGCGUCUGGUUAUCGCUGCUAUACAAUCCCUCGCCGUCUUCACGGAGCUCAACUAUAUCCGUAUCCGUUUCAUCGAUCUGGACUCCAUUUGCCCACUUCUGAAUCCCUACUUUCAGCUAGUUGACAACACGUGCACAGGCCUGUGGAGCGGAGAGAUCUUGGAAGUACUCCACGAAGCUCGCCCUGAGGCCCAUUUCGUGGAACUGUCAGAUGGCAUUUAUCCUCAACACGGGUCGAACCGUCAUGUCAUUGGGGCCAUCUAUCCACGCACUCGUCCUUUGAGUAUUCAAACGAGUACCUACAAGGUUAUUGCUGACGCAACUAAGCCGUGA